AUCGAUCUCUUUCUGUCGUGUUUAUUCUAUCCUUUUUUAAUUAUAUUUAUCAUAGAGCUUCUGUUCGAGAUUUCUUAAUUAUCGGUGAAGGAGUAUAGAUUACAAAUAUUUAUCAGAAAUAAAAAAAAAAAAAAGAAAAGGAAGAAUUCUGAGAAUAGAAACGAAAGUAUGCCUUAUCGUGGAAGAUACCGAUUACUUGGCAGAACUUUCCUCUUUUUGAGGAGUUCUUGCAGCGAGAAAGCGAAAGUCAAUACACAUUUCGUCGCAAAUAUUACUGCUGUUAGAAACUUCUCUGUGAACAACGCGCUCAAUAUGAGAUUCGUACAAUUUACAAGUAAAAAUGGGGGACCUCAACAUUUAGGAGUUCAACUUAAAGAAGGUGGAGAUAUCAUAGCUGUGUCUGCAGUUGAUUCCAGAAUUCCGAAUUCGUUAAAGAAAUUCCUGGAGGGUGGAGACGAUCUUGUAAAAAGUGCUAAAAGGAAAGACGAUAUCGAUUUAAAGGCGGCUGUAGAGAGAAUCGUUGCUGAAGGACGUAGCGUAAUACCGGCGGAAGACGUACAUUUUUUGGCACCGGUUAUGCGUAUGGACAAAUUAGCAUGCAUCGGUUUAAAUUAUAGCGGACAUUGCGAAGAACAAGGUGUAUCGCCACCGGAAAGUCCAGUAGUUUUCAGUAAAUUUCCUAGUAACAUCAUAGGACCAACCGACGAGAUUAUUUUACCUUCAAUAUCAGAGAAAGUUGAUUGGGAAGCUGAACUCGCUAUAGUAAUUGGAAAACGAUGUAAGACUAUCAGCGAUAAGGAAGCAGAGGAUUGUAUCUUUGGGUUUACAAUUGCUCAAGAUAUAACAGCGCGAGAUUGGCAGAAAUCGAAACGCAAUGGUGGACAAUUUCUACUUGGUAAAGGUAUGGACACGUUCUGUCCACUUGGACCUGCUGUUGUAACGAAGGAAUCAAUAUCCGACAUUAAUAAUUUAACGGUGAAAACCUGGGUAAAUGGUAAGCUCAAGCAAGAUGGAAAUACCAGUGAACUUAUUUUCAAACCUCACGAAAUUGUCGCUUAUAUAUCCCAAUUUAUGACUUUGUUACCUGGAGAUGUAAUACUUACUGGCACUCCAGCAGGUGUAGGAUUCACGAGAAAGCCACCAGAGUUCUUGAAACGUGGAGACGUUUUAGAAACAGAAAUUGGUAAUCUUGGUCGUUUGAGAAACAAAGUAUUGUGAUCGAUGAAACGUACUUACUUGCGUCGAACGAAACAGAGAUAUCUUUUAAUUAGUAAAUGGAGAAACAUGUGCUUUCUCGAUUCAUUUACGUAUGUCAAACUCGAAUCGUAUCGAUGAUUUGUCACAGAUAGAUCAGAAUAGUUUACUGUGACGGAGAGUUGAACUUUAUGAACAUAUACGUAGCCAUGCUACUUAAAAAGAGCUGUCAUCGAUAUAUAACUAUUAUCGAUAUGACUUUAUAGAAAGAAAAUAUUAAGUCGGGCAAACCAUGAAAUCCGUGCGAAACCCGUGCCUUUUAAAUAUAAUCAUUCGAUUUCGCUACUUUUAUAUACAUCACGCAUUUUAUGUAUUUGUACAACAAAACAAUAAAGAAAGACUGUUUCUACAGCAUCGAUUAGA